ACAUUCAAUCCAUUUGAAGGAUGCCCGAAACAUUGUACGCAGAUUGUUAUGAGAGCUCUGCGAGAGGGAGGUGCGUCUGAAAAGUAUCCGAGAAGGUCGAGUGGGAAGAGGAAUCUAUGUCGUAUUUCGGGCUCGUGAUCUGAUUUCAUGGAUGCUUCUCCGAAAUCCUAGACAUUUAAUCGAAGGAGUAUGCGGAUUCAUCAGCGCAUUCACCGGCCGUGCUUUUUCCUCGUCGUCUGCGGCGGUGGAGUGCAGGAAACAUCGAUUCCCCACUCUCACGACAUUUUCUGCAAUGGCGUAAACCUAGUUCUGCAUCGUGCCCUGUUUGAGAGGUCUGGGGAGUUUCACUUUCGUUGAUAUGGAACUGGAGGUCGGAUGGCUCUCGAAAAGCUACGAAUUUCCAAGCGAAUUGCGAGUGGGUGGGUUUGGAAUUCGCACAUGGCGGUCGUGAAAUGUCGAGCAUUCCAUUCGGUGACCUAAAGCGUGCGUCCGGCAUGGCCACGAGCGAGCUCUGAGACGGGGCUGGAGAGGGACAUGUAGAGGCCGGGCUGGUCGUCAUGGAUUCAGUACUUGGACAUUGCGCUCUCAUCACAGUUCCUCAGACGUCACCCUCCCGAGCCGCGACAUGCCGUCCUGUUUUCGUGAGCUCUCGCAGGGCACGGAAUUUCACCCAAUUUCUGCACUCGCCACGAAUUCCUCCCGCAGUUGCAUUUCGAGCGUCAUUUCGUGCGGUGUCGCACGAGAAUUGUUUCAGUGCUCUUCUCGAUGACAAGGAUCUCGAACACUCGUCGACUGCUCAGGGAGGAGUCGGAACUGAACCCAAUUUCGAGGCGCAUUGCGAUGGUGCGGUGAAAUCCGAGAUUUGCACAACGGAGUGCAUCGAAGGAAUUGCGUCUGUCGAAUUGAAUGGUGAAUUGAAGGGCGUGCGCGAGCCAUGGGACGAGGAGAGGGGAGUGGCGGCGGCGUGGGAGCACUGGAGGGCGCUGGGAGCGCCGAAGCUGCAUCUGGCGCCGAUGGUGGACCAGUCGGAGCUCCCAUUCAGGAUGCUGUGCAGGAGAUACGGGGCGACGGGGGCCUACACGCCCAUGCUCCACGCUCGGGUCUUCGUCGACGACCGCAACUAUCGACGCGACGAGUUCUCGACCUGCGAUGGCGAUCGCCCUCUGUUCGUGCAAUUCUGCGCGAACGAGCCCGAGACGCUUCUGCAAGCAGCGCUCAUGGUGCAAUCGCAGUGCGACUAUGUCGACAUCAAUUUGGGGUGCCCCCAGCGCGUGGCGCGACGGGGCAAUUACGGCGCUUUUCUCAUGGACGACUUGCCUCUCGUUCAAUCUCUCGUCUCGAAUUUGGCCUCCAAUUUGUCGGUCCCCGUUUCCUGCAAGAUCCGCCUCUUUCCCGAGCUCGCCGAUACCCUCGCCUACGCCCGAAUGCUGCAAGCUGCCGGAUGCUCUCUGCUCGCGGUGCACGGGCGCACGAGAGAUCAGAAGUGCAGCCAGCUCGUGCGCGCAGAUUGGGAUGCAAUUCGCGCCGUGAAGGAGGCGGUGCGCAUUCCAGUGCUCGCCAAUGGCAACAUUCGAUGGAUGGAGGAUGUGCACGCUUGCAUUGCAGCCACUGGGGUCGAUGGUGUCAUGUCGGCCGAGUCUCUGUUGGAGAAUCCUGCUCUGUUCGCAGGAUUCCGGACGCUGAUGCACCAAGACCCCACGAAUUCCUCCGUGAAAAUCAUCGACGAGCGAUUGCUGUGCCUCGAGUACUUCGAUCUGGUCGAACAGCAUCCUGUCCCGAUGCGCAUGGUGCUCCGCCAUAUUUUUAAGCUGCUGACGAGCUACUGGUUCCAGCAUCACACGGACUUGCGCGACGAGCUGCACCAUCGGCAGUACAACCUCUCGCUCGACUUCGUGCGUGACUUGGUGCACAGGCUCAUCGCCCGUGGCCCCCCUCCUUUCUCACCCCACAAUGGCUGCAGACCUCCUCCUGCCGAGCUUCCCUCCGACAGCACUCCGAGACCAACAUCUUCUUCUUCUUCUUCUUCUUAUUCUCCGGACAUGGUGGAGCAGAAUCGACUCAAGCGAGCAGUUCGAAGGCGUCCGUCCAGGAAAAUCAAGCUCCCAGAUUGGGGCAGUGAUCAGACAGUCGAGCUCGUCGAGGUAGGAGCGUAGUUCAGAAUUCUUGUCCGAUCAAUUCCAGCGUUUUGAAGGGCUACCUCUCCAUUCUGAGCUGAUCAUCCACAUUGUACCUCGUAGUACCAUCAUUGAAAUCGGUCUGUUCUAAAUUCCGCCAUCUCUGCAUUCAUCUUGAACAAUAUUUGGCUCGAUCGGUCGAGAGGAGAUCGCCAUUCCGUAUGGACCAGUUGCUUUCCACGCUUACAACACGGCGUUCGAGACAUUUUUACAGAGGCUGGAAGUCCUGCAACCGCCAGAGAGGUAGAGUAGGACUUGAAGCUGUCAUCUGGUUACGCCAGUUCACUGUGAUUGCCAUGGCCGUGCCUGAGAGAAAGUCCAGUGAGAUGUUAGAGCGAUCUUGGAGCCGAGAUUCUCGUUCGGACGUAGAGCGUUUAGAGUGCGCAUGGUUUCACUGCAGGUGAGCGACAGCUUUCGAGCCUGUGAAGUAUAAUUUUGCUAGGCCAGUAGAGUGAGAAAUGUUUGGACCAGACGAAGGUCUUGAUAUAAGGCCCUCGUCAGGAAACUUCAUGUUACAGUUCGAAGUAAGAAUUUGCAACUAUGGCGGGAUUGACAUCAUAACUGUCUCUUUCCCUCAAUUG